AUGGAUCGCAUGUCGUCGCGUCCGGCGAGCCCGGGCGGCGGCGGUGGUUACGUGCGGCGGGGCGCGUACGUCUCCAGCAGCGCGCACACGUCGCCGGGCGGGUCCCCGUCCGCGUCCCCGGUGCACACCCGCCACACGCGCUCGGGGUCGCUCGGCGGGGCCGGGUCCACCUCCUCCGCCGGCCGCCGGGGGGCGGGGGCCGCUGCCGCCGCGCGCGCGGCCGCGCAGCGCCUCGCGCGCGUCAUGGGCGGGCCCGUAGGAGAGGACGGCGGCAGCGGCAGCGAAGGCGAGGAGUGCGAACUCUCCGGCCCGCCCAUCGAGCUAUCCACCCCGCGCCGGCCCGGCAACCGCUCCCCCUCCCCCUCGAUAGGUCGUUACCUUGCGGAUCAGGCGCCGGUCGUUAGCCGGCCACCCUCGCUGACGAACCGGUAUGUGCCCGGGAAGUCGGUUCCGAUGAUACCAUCCAUCAAGCAAUCAAACCGGCCAGCGACAAGCGGAACAGGGUCGGAAUCGUCCGUCUCGGUCCCUAACCGAAGGGAGCAAAGGAGAUCAGUUGAUCUUGGAAGCUCGAUGAGAGGACGGCGCUCCUCUUCUUCUCUUAAUGAUGAGAUUAACACACUUCAAAUGGAAAAUGAUAGCAUGUACGAAAAGCUUGAAGAGGAUAGAUGCUAUGAAGCAGAUGUCAGACAGGCUGCUGGUAUGGGUGAUGCCAUAGAACCGGAGGUCAAUUUGAUUAGCAGAAAGGCUGCAGCACUAGAACAGAGAAGGGCUUCAAUGAGAAUUGCUUCAAGAAGGGGUAACAGUGCAAGCUGCGAUGAGAUUACAGCCCUUCGAUCAGAAGCAAAGGUUGCUGGUGAGAUGGCCACAUCUGUAUCUCGGCGUGUAGGUAUUGGAUCAGAACUGAGAUCUCUUCAUGCAACAUCCAACAGAACGAUCCUGUCACAAGAAGAAAUGGAGGAGGUGGUGCUAAAGAGGUGUUGGCUCGCCCGCUACUGGAAACUAUCUGUUAGACUUGGGAUACAUUCUGAUAUCGCUGCACAAAAACUAGAACACUGGUCCUCAGUUGCACCACUUGCACUUGAAGUCGUCCUAUCAAUUGGGCAAAAAGCUAGAGAUGGAAGUUUAUCAGAUAAUGAUGUAAAUGAUACGGCUGGAGAUGGAAAUAUUGAGAGCAUGCUUUUAGUUGAGAAAGGACUUCGUGAAUUAGCUUCGCUCAAGGUAGAAGAUGCAAUCAUGCUGGCUUUAGCAGAACAUCGACGAUACAGACCUCUCUCAGGUCCAGUUUUUCCUGCUGAUAGUCAUAGUUCUCCGGAGUCAACUGAGUUAAGUGAGGAUGAGCGAGAUGAUGUACGCUUCAAGCAGGCAUGGUUGACCUACUUUUGGAGGCGGGCCAAAAACCAUGAUGUAGAGGAAGAUAUAGCUGACGACCGUCUACAAUUUUGGAUAGAGCAAGGCAACCACCCAGUUACUACAAGUGAUGUAGUUGAAGUCGAUAGAGGACUUCAUGAGCUGAAGAAACUGGGGAUCGAGUCUCAGCUGUGGGAAGCCACGAGGAGAGCUUUCGACGAUGAAUCCAUUAAUCAUGGAAGUCCAUUUGGAUCUGAAGUUUAG